AUGGAACUUGAAUCUAUUAGUAAUCAAUUAGUUAAACAAAUUAUAAGUAGAGUUUCAACUUUUCAUAAAUUAAUGAGUGCUCAAAUUAGUUUAUUACAAAUCUUUAAAGAACAAUCAAAAUUAUUUAAACAUUUGAAUAAUUGUGAUUAUGAAUUAGCUUAUGUUAUUUAUACUUGUGCUUUGUUAUUAUUAUCUAAGAUUAAGAAGUUUGUUAAUAAAAAGAAUAUUGAUCUUUAUACUCAAAUUGAAGAAGCUAUUGAUGUUAUUGAACCAGACUUUAAGUCAAUAGAGAAAGUCAUACAACAUAAUCAUCAACUACUGUUACAGCCAACGAAACAAGUAGAUCCAUUACUAGACAGAUUUAACAAUCUAAAAUCAAGUCCUUCUCCAGAAAUCAACAAUAAUCAAUUGACAGAUAUCAACAAAUUCAAAUAUAGAAAUCAAAUUACACCCCAUGAAUUACGAGAUUUAUUAAAUAACAAACAACAAAAAAUCCUAUUAAUAGAUUAUAGACCGGCUAAAGAUUUCCAUCAUAAUCAUAUAAAUUACAAACAUAUAAUAAACAUAGAACCAAAGCAACUACAAUUAAUACUCAAGAAUGAUUCAUCGACGGAUCAAGAUUUAGAAGAUUUACUUUCAGAUUCAUUACCCCAUGAUCAAUUCCAACGAUUUAGAGAUAGAUAUAAAUAUGAUUUGGUGGUAUUAUACAACUAUAAAUAUGGUCCAACUAAUCAAAUUCUAGCAAAGGUUACCUAA